CGAUUUUUGACGAGUUAUUAUGAUUAUUAAAAUGAUAUACUUUAAAACUUUAGUUUCUAAUAAAAUAUUAAAUUCGAGAAUAUAAGAGUUAAUAGUUCGGUCUUCUCAAACAAAUUAACAAAAGCAGACGAGAUUCUUCCAGAAAACAAAAUAUACACGUAGAAAAAUAAUUAUUUAUCAUCCAUCUAACACGAAAAAUAAUAAUAAAAUAUACAUCCGAAAUAUUGUUAUAACAAUUAUUAAAAAUGGCGCAAGGCUCGGAAAACAGAUGGCAGAAGGAUGCGGCAGAUCAGAAUUUCGAUUACAUGUUCAAGAUUCUUAUUAUAGGUAAUAGUAGCGUAGGUAAAACUUCGUUCUUAUUUCGUUAUGCCGACGAUUCCUUCACUUCCGCUUUUGUAUCAACUGUUGGGAUCGAUUUCAAAGUCAAGACUAUAUUCCGACACGAUAAACGGAUCAAGCUUCAGAUAUGGGAUACUGCUGGCCAAGAGAGAUACAGAACAAUAACAACGGCUUAUUACAGAGGUGCCAUGGGCUUCAUACUAAUGUACGAUAUAACAAACGAAGAAUCAUUCAAUAGCGUUCAAGAUUGGUCAACCCAAAUUAAAACAUAUUCCUGGGACAAUGCUCAGGUUAUCUUGGUUGGCAAUAAAUGCGACAUGGAGGAUGAAAGGAUAGUCUCGACAGAUCGCGGUAAACAGCUGGCCGAUCAUCUUGGUAUGGAAUUCUUCGAAACUUCCGCUAAAGAGAAUAUCAACGUGAAAGCGGUUUUUGAGAGAUUAGUUGAUAUCAUUUGCGAUAAAAUGUCUGAAAGUUUAGAAUCAGAUCCUAGCUCCGUGAUAAAUGCGUCAUCUCGAAUAGCCGGAACACGUUUAACAGAUCAACCCAAACUAUUGCAGCAAUCAUCCUCUUCUUCCUGCAAUUGUUGAGUAAAGUAAAAUGUGGGGUUUAAUGAUAAAAGCCAAAGUUAUUUGUUUUAUUGAAUCAAUGUGUAUUUGUUAACUGGCAAACUUUCGAUACGAAUUUCAUUCCAUAAUUAUUUUUUUAUGACAUAUAUUUUAAAUAUAAUUUUUAUAUAUUUAUCCAAGCAUUAACUUUAAUUUUUUAAUUUUAUUUAUUAGGUUGACCAAACUUUUUUUGCAU